UUUUUUUGUUUUUUUCGUGGAUCUGUGACUCCUUUUUCACUUCUCUUGCCUACUUUACUCUGCUAAUUUCUAUCACUUUCUCUUGCCUACUUCACUCUGCUAAUUUAUACUGAUUUAUACUCCUGGGUUUCUUAUCUACACAUUGAUUUGAUGAUGAUUUCCUAGUUUGAUGAUCUCUGUUUGGGUUUUUUCUUUGUAAAAAGCACAAAAUCAUUACUGGAUUCAGAGAGAGAUGGCUAUAGCUCGGUUUGGUCGACAAGCAAAACGCUCAUAUGGGUUCUGCGUAAAGAUGACGUCAGUGGCCGUCAUGGGUCUCUGUUUCAUUUUGAUUUGGUCUCUGUUUUCGUCUUCUUCAUCUGUGGUAUCUCAGAGGAGUACAUUUGCAGAUAUUGCCGAACCCGUAUCUUCCAAUGGGAAAUUUGUCGAUUCUGAGAUUCAUUCGAAAGAGCCCAGAAAGGUUCAAGUAGAUAAAGAACACAAGAAAGCGAAAUUGGGGUCUGAUUUGAAAGAGAAAGAUGAGAAAAGGGUUAAUGGGUCUGCAUCUAAUGUCCCUGUUGAUGCACACAAGGGUGGGGAAAAAACAGGUACUGAGAAAAAAGAGGGAGGUAAUAAUAGUAAGAAUCAUGGGUCUGUGGGAUCUGAAACUAAAGAGCUUCAAAAAGAGGAGAGAGAACAAGAAGGUGAAUUAGAAGAAGUAGUGGAUGGAGAAGAGAAAGAAAAUGAGGAUUUGGAUGGGGAUGCUGAAUUGAUUCCCACUGAUGAUGUGGUUGAAGAUGGGUCGAAAAGUACAGGGAAGAAGAAAAUUGGGCCGGUGUUCGAUCCAAAUUCUCACUAUACUUGGAAAAUGUGUAGCACUAGAAGCAAGCAUAAUUACAUUCCUUGUAUUGAUAUUGAGAGUGCCACUGGAAGGGUGCAGAGUUAUCGGCAUCACGAGAGAAGCUGUCCAAGAACACCUCCAAUGUGCCUUGUUCCUCUUCCCCAUGAGGGGUAUGAGACUCCAGUAAGAUGGCCUGAAAGCAAAUUAAAGAUAUUGUAUAAGAAUGUGGCACAUCCAAAACUAGCUGCCUUUGUCAAGACCCAGAGUUGGGUGGUGCAAUCUGGAGAAUUUCUCACUUUUCUUCAGAACCAGUCUGAUUUCAAGGGUGGAAUUUUGCAUUAUCUUGAAUCCAUUGAGGAGAUGGCACCAGACAUUGAAUGGGGAAAAAAUAUUCGAAUAGUAUUGGAUGGUGGAUGUAAAGAUUCAAGCUUUGCUGCUACUCUUCUUGACAAGGAUGUUUUGACACUUGCACUAGGAUUAAAGGAUGACCUAGUGGACCUAGCACAGGUCGCUCUUGAGCGUGGUUUUCCCGCAAUUGUGAGCCCUUUUGCGAAUAGGAGGCUUCCUUUCCCUAGUGGUGUUUUUGAUGCUAUUCAUUGUGGUGAAUGCCACAUUCCUUGGCAUUCUAAUGGGGGUAAGCUUCUUCUGGAGAUGAAUAGGAUUUUGAGGCCUGGUGGGUAUUUUAUUUUGUCAACUAAACAUGACAGCAUCGAAGUUGAAGAAGCUAUGUCUAAACUAACAGCAUCCAUCUGUUGGAAUAUCCUGGCUCAUAAAACUGAUGAAAUCAGCGAAGUAGGUGUCAAAAUUUAUCAGAAGCCAGAAUCAAAUGAUAUAUAUGAGUUAAGAAGGAAGAGAAUUCCUCCUUUAUGCAAAGAAAAUGAGAACCCAGAUGCCACCUGGUAUGUUCCAAUAAAAAGUUGCUUGCACACCCUUCCUUCUUCCAUUGAACAGCGUGGAACGGAGUGGCCUGAGGAAUGGCCCAAGAGGCUGGAAACUUAUCCUGACUGGAUGAACAACAAAGAAAAUCUGAUUGCGGACACUGAACACUGGAAAGCUAUUGUUGACAAGUCGUACCUCACUGGAAUGGGUAUUGAUUGGUCAAAUAUCCGGAAUAUUAUGGACAUGAAAGCUAUAAAUGGAGGAUUUGCUGCAGCCCUCUCACAACAGAAGGUUUGGGUGAUGAAUGUGGUCCCUAUGCAUGCACCAGACACUCUUCCCAUAAUUUUUGAGCGUGGUCUUGUUGGUGUCUAUCAUGACUGGUGCGAGUCUUUUGGUACUUACCCGAGAUCAUACGACCUUUUGCAUGCAGAUCAUCUCUUCUCAAGGCUUAAGAACAGGUGUAAGCAGCCUGUAGGAAUUGUUGUGGAGAUGGAUCGCUUAUUAAGGCCCAAUGGUUGGGCAAUUAUACGUGACAAGGUGGAGAUACUUGAUCCGCUAGAAGGAAUUUUCAGAAGUUUGCAUUGGGAGAUAUGUAUGACUUAUAAUCAGGAUAAAGAAGGCAUCAUGUGUGUCCGGAAAACCCUGUGGCGGCCCUAAAGCUCUGUUAAGCUGCCUGCAUUGUAUGACCCUAGUUUCUUUGGCUCGAAAUUGUUUUUCUGUAUUAGAGAGCAACGACAUUGCUGGCUUCCUCUGCAUUUGAUCUGCAAGUCGGUUCUUUUACAAGUGAAUCCAGAAGCUUGCCUUGUUCCUCUAGUUGCAACGUAUUCUUCCCUUGUUCCAAAACGCAAAGUUGAGGCAAUUUUUUUUUUUUUUUUUGGGGGGGGGGG